UAAUUAUAUCAGAAUGAAACUGAAGCAGUGCCAGCAAUGGUGAAUUUUAUCUUAUCCCCAACUCUGCCGAAUCUGUAACCAGCUAACACAGGAGCAUCUUCUCCUUCAAGCGGACUUUGCUUCUCUUCUCGCUCCGGGUGGUUUUGAAAUUGAGUUAACGGUUCAAUGGCAUCUCAUGUAGGUGCUUCAGUACAAUCAAGUUACCUGAGGUGCCCCUUUCUCGGCGAGGCAAAUGGAAUUCGUGUGGCAGUGGUUUCUACACCUCGAGUUACAGUAGUGAGAAAGACUGUGGAAUGCAAGGAGUCUAGAAUUGGGAAGCAACCGAUUCCAGUUCCAUCGAAUGUUACUCUAACGAUGAACGGCCAGAAUGUGAGUGUAAAGGGUCCUUUAGGGGAGCUUGCACUUAGUUACCCAAGUGAAAUCAAGGUUGAGAAGCAGGACUCAGGAUUUCUACGUGUGUGUAAGACGGUGGAAACAAGAAGAGCCAAUGAAAUGCACGGUUUAUUCAGGACCCUAACUAGCAACAUGGUGGUGGGGGUGUCUAAAGGAUUUGAGAAAAAACUUCAAUUGAUAGGCACCGGAUAUCGAGCCACGGUUGAAGGGAAAGACGUAGUCCUGAAUCUUGGUUUUUCGCAUCCAGUAAGAAUGCCAAUCCCCAGUGACCUGCAGGUGAAAGUGGAAGAGAACACAAGAAUUACAGUGAGCGGAUACGAUAAAUCCAAUGUCGGUCAGUUUGCUGCUUCCAUCAGGAAGUGGCGACCUCCGGAGCCCUACAAAGGAAAAGGAGUAAAAUAUGCGGACGAAGUAGUUAGAAGAAAAGAAGGGAAGGCAGGCAAGAAGAAAUAAUCACCUGUUGUGCUAGCAUUCGAAUUUCUUAGUUGUGGUUGGUGCAAAACAUUUCUGACCAGUAUUGUUUUGCUCCUGUCUAUUCUAUUAAUGGUACCAUGAUUUUUCUUGCAAGUCUUGGCUUUAUAGCUUCUUGAGCCAUGCUGCUGUAAUUUAUUGUAUUGUGGUUUGUGUGACCUCAGUUAGAGUAACCAAAAACAAGUGGCCUCAACUAGAACAUGCAUUGAAUUCACAGCAAUUCUUCCUA